GGAAGGCGGAGGUAUAAAAAAAAAUAAAAAGUCCAUUUUUUUUUGCCAUCGAACUCGAGCGGGUUUGUUUUCGUCCAUCGAACUGUGAAACCAGAAAUAUUUGAAUAUGGAACUGUGUAAACCGGUUAAACAUGACCACUAAGCUGGUUUUGCUCCGUUUUGACUGGUUUUGACCGCCACACUGGAUCCAGUCGCCACAUCACCGUGCUGACUCAGCAAUAGGCCCACACGUCAGGUCGCCUCCGCCCUUAUCUAUCCACGGACGGCUGCGUGCGGCUGUAAAGCGGCGGCGCUAGGGUUAGAGAGGAGGUGGAGACUUCGCAGCCGGAGUGGAGGACUGCGGCGUGGAGCGGCGGCGCUAGGGUUAGAGAGGAGGCGGGGACUGAGUGCGGCGUUGGAGUGGAGUAGGUGGGGACUGAGCGGCAUGGCAAGCUCGUGGAGCUCCAGCAGCUCGAUGGAUCCGGGAGGAAGAAGGGGGGAGGGAUCAUCCGCUCCCAUCCCGUACAGGGAGGGGCCUCUGGAGUACUCGCCGCCGACGAUGUGCAAGUGCUUGAAGAAGGCGGCGCGGUGGAUUUCUUGGAGCAACGAUAACCCAGGCCGAUGUUACUUCACGUGUUAUCAUCGCCGGGAGGGCGGAUGCAACUUUUGGUGCUGGUUUGAUCCACGACCUUCUCCAUUCCUCCGCGAGCUGCUUGUGGAUUUACGUGACACGGUAUGGGCAUUGAAGAGGCAAAACAAAGAGUUGAUGAACCAGCUUGCUGAUGCAGCAGUGACGGUCGAGGAACACAAGGGAGAGGUUACUGUAUUGAGAGCAGAGAUGGAAGCACUUGCAAAAGAAAAGGAAGAAGGGAGUGAUGUUCUAAGGAUUAGACUUUCCAGAGUGGAGAAGGAAUUAGCAGUGUACAAGGUCAUGGUGAAGUGUUGUGUUGUUUUUGUGCUAGGAAUAGUUAUGAACAAGUGGUUGCUCGGUUGAGAAAUUAGAUGUGGUCAAGUGAUUGGCAUGUAACCAAUGUUCAGCAUCUUGUUUGUAAGAUGGUUGCACCUAAAUCAUUAUGAAUGAAGUUGUACAUUAUUUUCUUAUGAAAUGGAUACAAUAUUCCUAGGAAUUCCAUAUUCGUACAUGUUAAUGGAGAUUGAUACUUGAGUUGCACAUAAAUCAUUGGAAACACACAUUGUCAAGUUCAAACACAACUAAAAAUCAAGUUCACACAGAGCUGAAAACCAAGUUCACAGACACAGAAUUUAGGACCCAACAACUAAAGUUCCCACAGGUAGUAGCCAUUAGUUUGGCAUUACAACUGAGAUUAACCAACACACAACUAAGAUUAAAGUUGACACACACAAUGCAUGGUACUUCAGUCAGCUUCACUAGGACCUUUGAGAAGUAAUUUUGGGGCUGCUGCUGAUCUUCUCACUUGAAGCUUCUUCCUGGUAGG